GAAACGUCAGUUCAAGUUCAGGCGGCGUCUGCGCCGGUCACAGCCGAGCGACCGGCAUGCGCCUCGUCCCGACUUAGCUGCUACUCAUUCGUAACGACGACUCCACCGAAAGCGCGCACCAUGAGCCUCGCGAUCGAGAAGCACGACAACGCGUUCAAAGGCCUCAACAGUGCCUUGCUAUUGGCAUGUGAGGCCGAACCAGAAGCAUAUAACAACAACGACUCGCUGGACUCCGGCAUCGCUGGCAUCAAAGACCCGCACAGCUACAGCGGCCGCAACAAUGAUGCAGAGGCGCCCGUCGCGGAGUAUAUUGUCGAUCCCACCACUCGUACGACUUAUCUAAAGGGCAAAUUCCUCGGAAAGGGUGGCUUCGCACGUGUCCACGAGCUGAUGGACCUAACGACGGAUACAGUGUACGCUGGCAAGAUCAUCCCGAAGAACAGGAUCACCAAGCGACACCAUAUCCACAAGAUCGCACGAGAGAUUUUUAUACAUAGAGGUCUGGUGCACAAACAUGUUGUUCGGCUGCAUCAUUUCUUCGAGGAUGCUCUCAAUGCAUAUAUAAUUCUGGAGAACUGUCCCCGAAAGUCACUGGUGCAUGUCCUGAAACACAGGUGGACAAUCACGGAGCCAGAAGUUCGAUAUUACUUAAGUCAGCUUGUGUCUGGUGUUCAGUACAUUCACAGUCAGAAUGUAAUCCACAGAGACCUGAAACCUGGUAACAUGUUCCUCAGUGAAAGUAUGGUGGUGAAGUUAGGUGACUUUGGACUUGCUAUGCAAAUUGAUGGUGACAAAAGAGUCUCUAUAUGUGGCACCCCAAAUUAUAUCGCUCCAGAAGUUCUGAACAAGCUCAGCUAUAGCUUUGAAGCCGAUGUGUGGGCUAUAGGCUGCAUAAUGUUUGCUAUGCUAGUUGGGCAGCCUCCCUUUGAAACAGCAACACUGAAAGACACGUAUGCAAGGAUUGUAAGUAACAAGUACACACUUCCACCCUGUGUAUCAGAAACUGCAUGUUCCUUGAUACGAGUGUUGCUGCAGCCACUUCCAGAGGAUCGUCCAAAACUGGAGGACAUAUGUAAACAUGAAUUCUUUACAAGUGGUUAUACUCCAGAAACAUUGUCUCCAUCUUGCUGUUACACAGUUCCAAACUUUCCCAAUGUAGUAACUGACAGGUCAACAGUCCAGUUGCAACCUAGAAUUGCUAAUCCCAAACAUGUGGAAGAUCAACACACAAAAGAUAGACUUAAAAACCAGACACACAGAGUUGCACAACAGUUCAAGCCCAGAGCUCCAAACCCAACAUUGCAAGAGGAGCCACAAUUAAAGGCCAGAGUCAAUGGGCUAUUGCGAAAGGAAGACAAAGGACUAAACUUUUCGCAGAGAAGUGAACCAAAGCCUCCAAUGAAGAAAAAAUCUAUGCUUAAACUACAGUCAGCACCAAAGAGUCCUGACCUAAGUGAAAAGAAAGAAAAAUCUGUAACAAGAGAAAGUGGAUCAAGUGUGGGCUGCAUGCCAACUCCAAGCCGUAAGGAACUACGUGCAGCUUCAUCUCUGAAACAAAUGAUUAGCAGUGUGCUUUGUCCCGAUAAGCUAAGUCUGUGCCGUAAGCGUGUGUGUAAUGCUGUUACCCUCUAUAGAUUUCUUACUGAAUGUUUCAACAGCAUGCCAACAGAUGGUGGAAAAGCUAAUCCUCACCCAGUAAAUUGCAGACCUCUCUUUGUAUCCAAGUGGAUUGAUUAUUCAAAUAAAUAUGGCUUCGGUUUUCAGUUGUCAGAUAAAUCUGUUGGUGUGCUUUUUAAUGAUAGCACACGAAUUAGUUUCAAUGCCGACAGAAGUCGUGUGGAAUUUCAUGAUGCAAAUGGGAAAAUUACAGCACAUCCGAUACAUUCUGUGCCAGCUGCACUGCAGGAACGCUUAACUGUUCUGCGUUACUUCAGUCACUACAUGGAUGAGCAUUUAACAGAGGGUGGUGACGGAAUGCGUACAACAAGUCGUCGCAGGUUGCCUGUUCCACAUAUGCGUCGCUGGGUUCGCACAAAUGCAGUCAUAAUAAUGGAGCUCUGCAAUGGCACUAUUCAGAUUAAUUUCUUCAAGAAUCACACAAAACUGAUACUGUCAGACUGGAAACAGGGGCUGCUUGUAACGUACAUCAACAGUGAACGUCAGAGUGUGUCAUACUGGCUGCAUGAAAUUGAACUUGUUGGUUGUGACAGUGACAUUCUCGACAGACUGAAAAUAGCAGCAGCAAUUUUGCGAGAAUUUGCUGAACUUGAUGGAGAGGUUGUGUAACUGUUUAAUGUUAACAAAUGUAGUUUCUGUGAUUAUGUGAGAUUUAAAAACUGUUAUGAGCAGUUUUACAUUAUUGAUGUUGAUUGGUUUUUACUACAUAAUAAUAAGCUGUUGUAGUUGUGUGUGUGACAGUGGUGGAGUGAAAGAGGGAGAAGAGUGUAAAUUUUUUGCAAAAUAGUUUUCCUUUCAGUAGUUUCUUGUUUGUUUGAAGUAUAAGCUACUGAUGUAAAGGAAAGGAAGAUGAAUGAUCUGCAUUUCAACAAUUUUCAGUAUAAUUAUGCUGAUAGUAAAAUAUUAUAUUUUUUAAUUAUGUUGAACUUUGUUUUCAACAAAACUUAAAAAAGAAAGAUUAAAAAAUUCUUUGAUUGGAAAGAGAGAAUUGUGAUAAAGGUGAGGAUUAAUGUAACUUGGAAGUAAAACUUGAAGUAACUCUACUUUUACACAAAACAGAGCAGUAAAAGUGAGUGUAAUUGCUAUGUUAAUUUUCUGGGAAAUAAUUACAUAUGAAUAUGUACAUAAUAUAGUUCAUUUUAGUUUUAAAUGAGAAGUUCGUUAAAGUAAAUGUCUGUGCUGUUUGGAAUUUGAAAUAUUGCUCAUGUUGGUACAAAGUUAACCAAUUUAUGUAUGUGUGUGUUUGUACAUAGUAUUUAAUUAUUUGCGAUUGACUUUAAAUACAAGAAACAGCCAGAUAUUGGACAUUAUGUGCCAUUCUUUUUUUUUAUGUUUUGUGUGUGGUGUGCGUGUAAGCUGUAAGAAUAUGAAAUGCAUAGUGUGUAAUACACUCAAGUGGAUUUCCUGAUUGAUUCUUCAGUAUGAAUAGUAAGAGAAAUUGUGUAACUGAAAUUUUCAAGAAGCAGUAUAUGUAGUAUUCUCUGUGAUAUUUAGCAACUGAAAUGUUUUGCUGUAACUUACUAUAACUCAUAUGUAGAAUGGUUUUAUCUUUCAUGAAGAUCACAUGUCAAAUUUGAAUCAUGAAAAUAUCUAAAUGUUUGGGUGCAAUUCUCUGCUUCAAAUUUUUGUUGUUUUACUCAUUAUUUUUGCUUUGGUACAUGUUGCUGCUUAUGUACAGUUAUAAAACAAAUGAAUCCGUAGAGAUAUUGCAAAUCAGUAAGCUGAAAAUGAUAUACUCUGUCUUUGAUAAUACAACUUGUUGCAACACAUUCAGCUGCAGCUUUUGUAACUCCAUGGAUAUAUAUCUUGUGCCAAUUUAAAAAUUUUGUCAUUAACAGCCUAUAUGCACAGCCAUGAUAGUAAAUUACAAUUGUACUCUGAUUGUAUGUAGUAGUUUGAGAAAGAAAAAAAAGUGCUUCAUUACAAAUAGUUAAUUACUGUGUAAAAUGAGGUGGACUGGAACUAAAAAGAUACAUGAUAAAUAACAGAUCCAAACCAAAGAUGAUUAUGAUGAUGAUGCAUUUUGUGUUCAGUUUUAAUUGCUGAUUGUAAGGUCAGCUAAACAAUUUUCUUGGUGCACAGUAAA